AUGUCAGGUCGGGGAAAAGGCGGGAAGGGUCUCGGCAAAGGGGGCGCCAAGCGCCAUCGCAAGGUGCUGCGCGAUAACAUUCAGGGUAUCACCAAGCCCGCCAUUCGGCGUUUGGCCCGGCGUGGUGGCGUCAAGCGCAUUUCUGGCCUCAUCUACGAGGAGACCCGCGGGGUGCUGAAAGUGUUCCUGGAGAACGUGAUUCGGGACGCUGUCACUUACACCGAGCACGCCAAGCGCAAGACCGUCACCGCCAUGGACGUGGUCUACGCACUCAAGCGCCAGGGACGCACCCUUUAUGGCUUUGGCGGCUGA